GCGACGUCAAUAAUAACAUUUGAUACAACCAGCGUAAUAGUGUCGCGACAUCCGUCUUAGAGCGGUUAAAUUCACAAUUCUCAACAAUGUCUUCGGAUUUUGAAGCCUACGAACAGGAGUUUGGUACUCUCACCGCAGAAAUUACCAACAAAAUAGGAAGAAUACCGAAACUUGGUGGAGAGGACAAGACGCAGCUGGUUCUAAAUGUCGACAAACAGCUUGAGGAAGUCAGAGAGUUGUUGGAGCAGAUGGACCUGGAGGUACGAGAGAUCCCCAUUCAGAGCAGAGCCAUGUACAACAGCCGCCUGAAGAGCUACAAACAGGAAGUGGAGAAGCUCGAGAAGGACUUUAAAAGGUCACGUAUUGCCUACAGUGAUGAGGUGCGGAACGAGCUCCUGGGGGAUGAUGGGGGCUCCUCAGAGAGUCAGAGAGCACAUCUGUUGGACAACACAGAGAGGCUGGAAAGGUCAUCUCGGAGACUGGAGACUGGCUACCAGAUAGCGGUGGAAACCGAACAAAUAGGCCAGGAGAUUCUAUCCAAUCUACACACUGACCGCGAGAAGAUCCAGAGAUCCAGAGAGCGGUUGAGAGAGACUGAUGCGAACUUGGGCAAGAGUUCCCGUGUCCUUUCAGGCAUGCUGAGAAGCCACAAAGUUCAAGCUCCCAGGAUGAGUGACAGCUCCUAACUAUCCUCUAAACAUAUUGUUGGCUAAUUGUGAUCCUAUAAGAGGGUCAUUCAGAACCGUAUCCUGAUCUUCAUCCUGGGCGCCAUCCUCCUCCUCUCCAUCGUCCUGGCCAUCUAUUUCAAUCUGCGAAGCCACUGAUCUCCAGUGACGGGUCCUGUGUGUGUGCGUGUGCGUGUGUGUGAUUAAUAGCAACAAAAAGCACGCUGGAGUAAUUAGGACAAAUUGUUCGUAUGAAUCAUUCCUGGUGGGCAGUGACAGGUCAUCUCCUCUCUCCACUCUCUCCUGCGGAGCACAACCGCGCCCGCUCUAGCCUCUAGUCAUACUGCUAGGACCUUACUGUUCAAACCUUUUGCAUGGGACCUCCUUCCGGCUGACCUCCACAUACAUCGUCCACAUGCUGGUAUAACGACAGAGGAAGAAAAGGGGCUUCAGCCUUAUGAUCUGUUUAUUUUAUUUAAACAUUUUGUUAUUAAUACUGUUUCAUCCAUGACAGAAUUGUGUGUCUGCGUGCACAUGCAUGUACACUUCCAGUCCCAGCGUAGUCCCUGCUCACUUCUGGGUGUGUGACAUGCGCAUGAAGGCUUGGGCCAGGUUUCUAGUGCAGCACACAGAGCAGAAUCACACACUACACCCAGCCCAAAGGUCAGUGCCUUUAGCAGCAAACACACACACGCCUCUCCCAGUCACGCUUCAUCCAGGAUUAGUAGCUUCUCACGCUGUUCCUCUAAGGUCAGUAAAGGCCUCGUGUGUGUUCAGGCAACCCAGCAGGACCACUUUUAAACCUAUGCCCCCCCCCCCCCCCCCCCCCCACACACACACACACUUUAGUAAUAAUGUAUGGCAUAAAUAUUUGUUAACACACUCGCACAUUACUGAUAUCUGUGUCUAUUUUAAAUUAAUGAUUAUUAUGGUGAUGUAUUUACCUUCUUUCAUUAAGUAUGAAACAUUUUAUUGAUCAUUGCAUAAUAUGUGUGUGUGUGUGUGUAUGUGUGUGUGUAUAUAUAUAUAUAUAUAUAUAUAUAUAUAUAUAUAUAUAUAUAUAUAUAUAUAUAUAUAUAUAUAUAUUUCUGUGUAACGCAAAAAUGUGUGUAUGAUGUACAUGGAUCAAAAAUCAGAUGUGUGUGUGUUUGAUUCUGAAGGCUGGUCAUUUAUCUUAUGGCUUAUUUGAAAAAAUUUAGCAUGGAAUAAUUUUGAAGCUUUUCAUUUUUGAUCCAUAGUGCUUUUUGUUUCAUUUUUAGGACCAACUCCUGGUGAAUGAUGGUGUUAGUCAUAUAGUUCAGAUUACAGCAGCUUAUUGUAUUCGAUUGGUUGCACAUGUAUGAGUGUGUGUUGAUGUUUUACGCAGUGUCCUAUAUGGUCAGGAUAGAAAUGGUGCAGACUGAGAAAUCAGCAGUGCUUUAGAUUUAUGCAGCUCAAAUAUACUGUCUGUCUGUCUGUUCACACGUGAACAUUUAAAAGACACACACAGAGCACACCUAUUGAUACAGUGUUUAUUAUUCCCGCUGCACGUGACAGAUAUAUCUCUCUAGUGUGUGCACACACUCACACGCUUUUUCUCCUCCUCUGGCUGAGGGCCUGAUGGACGGACAGACAGGCAGAGGGCAUUUGGUAUUCUGUUUCAGGCUGGGUAGAUUGUCUUAUUUUGGAAGCAGCAUGGUGGGGGGCUUUCUCUGCCUCUGCUUCACAGCUCGGGCUUCAAAGCACCAAAUUAAUGGCCAACAAAAUAGUGUGUCUCUGUCCGUCCCAUGUGGGGCCAACCCGUCGAGAGUUAUCAUUAAGUUCAGGAAUAAAUGAACAAAAAAGGAGAGAGGAGGAAGAGGGAGGAUGAGGAGGGAACAGCAGAAUCCUGCCUGUUUGACAAACCUCAUAAGAUAAUGACCUCAGUGAUUGAGUUUUUCAUCAACACGCUUAGACAGGACUGGGUGUCUGCUUGUCUUCUAUGUGUGUUUGUCCUCUCUCCUCCUUUAGAAAUAUGCGUGUGUGAGUGAGCACUGGAUCUAAGCACCUGUGUGUGUUGAAUCCAGGCAUGCUGUGAGUAUAUUUUGCUUGUUAUAUGUGUGGGAGUGAGUGCGUGUGCGUGUGUGUGUGUGUGUGUGUGUGUGUGUGUGUGUGUGUGUGUGUGUGUGUGUGUGUGCACAUGUUUCACUGACUGAGUGUCUCUCUCUCCCUCUCUCUCUCCCUCCCUCCCUCCCUCCCUCCCUCUCCCCCUCCAUCCUUCUCCCUCAGCCUGUCAGAUCCUCUCAGUAGUGAGUGGCUGGUGGAAGGCAGCGUGGCUGCGGCUCUAUUUGAAGUUGUAAUGGUGUCAAAAAGUCAGGGCUGACUGACAGCCGUCAGUCCCACUGGGGCUCAUUAAAUCAUAACAACUUGACAAGGAAAUAAUUGAGCACUGAUGACAAGUUGAGGCCCGUUUAGAUGUUUUUAUUUUCUUUCAUUAUGCCUUCUGACUAUUAUCUUCAUUAAGAAAUUGCAUUAAAGUACUCAUAGGGGGCUAAUGAUUUGUUUAUAUCCUCUUUUUUAUUAUUUAAACAGUAGCCGUGUCUUCUGAUACCUCGGCAGGCUGCGGCUAUCAUCUGCUGCAUCUAUUUUUCUCCACACACCUUUUUCUCUAUAUAUCUUUUGUCUCUUUUUCUUUUCCCUCCCUCCCGUCCUUCUUCUCUCCUUCUUUCCCUCCUCCCUCCUCCUCGUUAUCUUCGUCUCUUCCUCACUGUCCUCACUCUCUACUUCUUUUCCUCCCUUUUCUGUGUAUUCUGUCUGUUCUUUCUUUCCUUCUUCGGAUUGCUCUCAAAAUUCUCCCCCUUCUCCUCACUCCUUCAUCCUGCUCUCCUCAAAAAUCACCUCUCUCCUCUCACCCUCUCCUCCUCAUUCUCCUCUCCUCUCUCCCUCUCUCCUCUUCACUAUCAUCCUCCUCUCUCCUUCUAUCCUGUUCAUUCUCCUCUCCUCUUUCCAUCUCUCCUCAUGCUCCUCUCCUCUUUCCCUCUCUCCUCACUCUCAUCCUCUGUCUAUCUCUCCUCUUCUUUCUCCUCUCUCCCUCUCCCCUCCUCAUUCUCCUCUCCUCUCCCCCUCUCCCCCUCUCCCCUCCUCAUUCUCCUCUCCUCUCCCCCCUCUCCUUCUCCUCUCCUCUCCCCUCCUCAUUCUCCUCUCCUCUCCCCUCCUCAUUCUCCUCUCCUCUCCCCCUCUCUCCUUCUCAUUCCUCUCUCCCCUUCUUCCUUAGCUCAGUCCUCACUCUCUCCUCCCUUCUCACUUCCUUAUCUUCUACUCCUCCUUGUUCCCUUUUCCACUCCCUCCUUUCUCCUCACUCUAAGCAACUUUCUCUCUCCUCUUUCGCUCCUUCCCAUUCCCCCCUCCCUCUCUCGCAGCAGGACCUAUGGAAGAGUCAUUACCCUCUGAUAGGCUGUGUCUUAUUCCAAGGGACAGCUAUAGCAGUAGGUGUGCUCACACUUUAUCAUAUCACUCAGACUCAUGUUAACCAUCAUAGUGUCUUUAGAUAGCAGGCCCUCAGCCAGCUGACAGAAGAACGUUGAUUAACCACAGCCCUCGCUUUCCCGUAACACUCAUAAUAGACCUACAGUGUAACAGUAAUCUGAGCAUGUAUACACAUGAAUCCCUGUGCUAUAGUGUGUUAAUAAUUCCACACAGGACAAUGGAAAAGCUUCCUGUUAUUUAUACUUUAGCAGUUUCGGGUAAGACUCCAGUGUUUUUCAGCCCAAACCAUAUUCAUAGGAUUACCACAAGCAACUAAGAAUUCUGGCAUGUUUCUCAGUGCUGAGAACUGAAAACCUGUUUACUUAAAACAGUUAUUGAGGCAGUUAUUGUUCCCCAAUACAAGGAAACAGUGCUUGUGGUAAUCACACACACGUCACAGAUGUAGAGUAUAAUGAAUAGGAUUAUUCUUAUUUUUUUAAAAACAAUAACAACAUUUUUUAGGUUUUAAAGCACCCUCUGACAUGUAAAACUUGUGUGUGAGAGAGAGAGAGAGAGAGAGAGAGAGAGAGAGAAUAAAUAAAGCUUGAAGCACAAUGGGAGGUCCAUGUUUCAUCAGGUAAAGGUUCUCUCUUGAGAAAUGUCCCUGUCCCCUUCCUCAACCACAGUGAUAUGGCUUAGGUAGUGCAGAAUAAAGUCGUGUGUGUGUGUGUGUGUGAACUCUGUGGUGAACAGGAGAACAGGGAGAUUUACCAUUUGUUUAUAAUUCUGAGUUGUCCAUACAAACAUGAUACUACUGUAACCAUCUGUAAAAUACUAAAUAACAAGAACCUGAAAUGAUGUCCGUCAGUGUUGUCCUUUCCCGGAUUGUCCCUUUUCUAGUAAAUGCCCAUGGAUUGGACAUGGAUGUGUUGCUGUGAUCAUGUGCCCAGUGUAAUAUUUGUGUAUGUUUGAGAGUGCAUAGCAUCUGGCCUCAGACUUCCUACUGAUCAGAUCCAUCUUUCUCGAUUAGCGUGACUACUGUUCCUAUUCUUCCUUUGCUUUCAUUUGUCAGUGAUUUUUAUGGAUUGUGAUCUCUGUGGAUGUGCCGAGUGCUUGUCUAGUUGUAACACUGUCAUUAAAGCAGUAUUGCAUUUCAA